GGAGGGAGGAUGGGACACUGCUGAUGCUGAUGCGAGAGCUUUCAGUGUCUGUGAUCAACAUCGGUGGACUGACUGCCUGCUCAAACGAUGGAGCUUUUUGCUCUUAUCUUACACCUCUUUAGUUGUCACCGUUGGCUUCGUGCGACUGUGACUUGAUGGUGUUUUUUUUGAGGACAUAACAGAAGGAUAACAAGAAGAAGAAUCUCAGCGGUUUCGUCUCGUCACUCGUCGUCUUCUGGCCUGUCCUUGUGGACUGACACAGGUGGAUUGUCUGCUUGGAAAAAACGGCCAUCGAAAUGAAGACAUAAUGGUGGACUAUUAUCUCCGUAGUCUCCUCUCUUAAACGGAGGAGUAUCAACACCAUCAUCUGGUAACAGAGAGGAGGUAGAAGCUGGACUGGUAGCUAGCUAAUAGGCUAAUUUCGCUAGCUAGUCAGUUAGCAGCUUCUCAGUGGGAUGCUGGAAGGAGGAGUUAACAUCAGUUGCUAGCUUUAAUCACUGUGAGGUUUGACUGUGGGUGUUAUAUUUAGUAAACCAGCUUAUAAUGAUAUAUUUAACCUCAUAUCUGGAGGUGAAGGUGAGGUUUUGACUGGCCACGUUGCUGGUAAAUGAGCUUGUGAUGGAUCCGAUUUGGAUAAUCAGCUAAGAAAAGCUAAUGUUGACCAAACUGGUGUGACUUGCUUGCCAGACGUUUUUUGUUGUCAGUUCAUGACUUUAUUUGCCAGCUUUUCAGGCUUCAGAGUGAAGCAUGUUGUUGACUUUGGAUGUGCUGAAGCUGUUUGUGGCAACAACAACCAGGAGAGGAGCUGUCAUGGCACAUGAGAGGCACAUAGGAGGUCAAAACACAGCUUUAACAUCAAGAUAUUAGUAUGCAUUUAGACACUGUUGUCAAGAUGUGGAUGUCAACUGACUGAAGUUAAAACAACAAAUACUAUUUGUUAAUCUGUUGCCUGACUGACAUUAAAACUACCCCUACUAGUUUACUUAUUAUUUUUCCUUGACAAUGCUUCUAGGAAUCCCACAUUUGAAGGUGUCAUUGUAAGAUGUGUAAUGCCAUUUAAAAACAUGGCAUUAAAGCUGAAGAACUGGAUCUCUACGGCAGCAGUGAGAUAAUACAGCCAGCUUUUCUGAGGGUUUUAUGUAAAGUGGAUCAAGCCAAUAUAAAUGGAACCGACAGUCCUGUCUGGCCCUUUGGGGCACACCACACAGUGGGAGCCAGAACAGCCAUUUCCUCUCGGAUUUCACACGCUGGAUUCAGACAAUGGAGGUGUGCUCUGUCAAAACAAGGGUGGCCAGACAGGUUUCAGAAACCAGGAUCAAACAUCGGAACAGAGUGAGGAAGAAAAUCCUUUCCAGGACCAGCCGGUAGAGUUGGACGACCUCAUACGUAUCGUUGAUUCUCGUGUAGAUCAGUCCAGUAUUUCCAAAGCUUCUCUCCAUGGUACUCAUAUAGAGGAAUUGUCCUUUACAGAAAACCACUGAGCAAACUAGUGAACUGAGUGACUUCACUUUGUCAUGGCUGUUUUCUCCCAAACUCACUGAUGUGGUUGGGAAAAGCUCUGCCCAUGAGGAACUCACGCAAGAAGGCCCUCUUGAGACCUCAAAUGACCUCAGUAGUCAGGCUGAGCUAAUAAGCCUCAGUGUACCGGUCUCUCCGUCGAAGGUUUCCAACACAGGGGAUCCACUUUUGUUGGUAGAUCUCCCCUCAAGUGAACACUCUUGUCUCCCCCCAGAGUCCUCGGGUGAGUGGAACCCACAGGGUGGUCAGCGAGGAGCUGGUAGACCUGUCCACAAGACCAGCAGGUGGGUCUCCCUCCCUCGCAGAGCAGGGAGGACAUUGUCACCUGAAAACCCGAGACAAAGGUUUAUUCCCUGAUCAAGUGACUGUACCCUGGAGCACUACCCUGCAAGUUUACCUGAGAACUGCCUCACGCAAUAAACACGUCAGCAGCACGCCACUGGAGUGUUUCGAAGGAUCUGUGCCUUUGUUGGAUUUAGAGGUCCCAGAUUGUGACAGCAAGUCUGAGCCCUGUGCCCUGCCAGUCCUCCCUCUCUUAUCUGCACAGGUGUGCCAUUAGAUUUAUCAACACAGGAGUUCGGAGGUGGAACAUGAAGGAGCUGCUGUAAAUAGAGAUGUGACUUCAGAGCAACCGGGGUGAGAAUGACUCAUUUGCUCUGGGUUUGUCAGCUUGAACCUUCAUCACUGACAGUGCCUCUGGCUGAAAGAUGCCUCCAUCCGAGGUGAUUUCACCAGUGAGAGCUGCUCUGUGGGAAAUGAGUCAAAUGAGGAUUUGAUGGAAGACAAUAUUUGUUCUGAAGCCAAAAAUCAAGGGAAUGAGGCAAUGGCUUUGGAUCUGUGCUUGACUACCGACGAGGUCCGCGGCGAGGAAACGUGGGACUUGAAACCUCGGGAUGAUGUACAGAACGGAAGUGUUCCCGAUCCAAACGACCGAACAGAGGGAAGAGGAGAGUAACCAGCUCGAAGGAUCCGAUUGUCAUGAGGUGGCUGUCUUUUGAUUUUUUCUGUCCAGGACUUGCACACUUCUUCUCCCGAGGCGGAUGGACUAGUGAGCAAACUGUGGAGACAAUUUCUCUCUCUAAGAUGGUGGUAGAUGACUCACUGCCAAUGGUCUCGGCUGUGAAUACGAGGGAGGAAGAUGUCUCCCCCACUAAAAGACGUAUUCGACGCUUUGGACCAAGACGGAGAUGGCUUUGUUCGUAUCGAGGAGUUUAUGGAGUUUGCUGCCGCCUAUGGGGCCGAUCAGGUGAAGGAUCUGACCAAGUUUUUGGAUCCCAGCGGACUGGGAGUGAUCAGCUUUGAAGACUUCCACCGUGGAAUCACUGCAAUCAGCAAUGGAGGUCCGGAGCCGCAGCUCUACAAUGUAAACUAUAGUCCGGGCGAUGGAGCUGUGGGCUGUCCAGAGGAGUACGAUGAGCAAAAUGAGGUGACAGACAGCGCGUACCUGGGCUCCGAGAGCACUUACAGCGAGUGCGAGACCUUCACAGAUGAGGACACGGGGGCCCUCGUGCCCCCCGAGAUGCACGAGGAAGUGGAGACGGACAGCGGCAUCGAGGCCACGCUGCACGACCCUGAAGACGGCGGAAAUAGGUUUUCCCUGAACUCCGAGCACCAUAACCACUCGCUGGUGACGGUCAUCGGCGGAGAGGAGGAGCACUUUGAGGACUUUGGGGAAAGCAACACCUCCGAGUUGUUACUGGAGAGCAGCGUGGAGGGGACCGAGGUGGGGGGCGAGUCCCCUCUCGCACAGCCGCCUGAGCAGAUCAAUGGCUCCUCACUGCUCUCUCCCAGUGCACCUGCUCCUCUCCCUGACUGCUUUCAGAGCUUCCUCAGGGAGGAGGCGCUGGACUUUUUCUGUAGCCAGUGUCACAAACAAAUAAGUCGUCUCGAGGACCUCUCCACGCGCCUCAAUUUCCUAGAGAUGACUAGCGCUGGCAAGAGGCUGUCCAGCAAGAAAGUAGCAAGACAUCUCCUCCAGAACAGCUCGAUGACGCUGGACACUAUGAGCGACUUGACGCGGGACAUCCUGGAGCUCGCCGACAACGACAUCACAGACAAGGUGCUCCUCCUGGAGCGUCGAGUGGCGGAGCUGGAAAAGGAGUCGGAGUCGUCGGGGGAGCAGCACACGCGGCUACGCCAGGAGAACCUUCACCUGGUGCACCGGGCCAACGCCCUGGAGGAGCAGCUGAAGGAGCAGGAGCUCCAAGCCGACGAGCAGCUAGAGAAGGAGACCCGCCGUCACAAGGAGGCCCUGAUCAAGCUGGAGAGGGAGAGGGGGCUGGAGCUAGAAAACCUGCAGGCCAGGCUGCAGCAGCUGGACGAGGAGAACAGCGAGCUGAGGUCCUGCGUUCCUUGUCUUCGAGCAAACAUCGAGAGGCUAGAGGAGGAGAAGAGGAAGCUGCAGGAUGAGACGGAAGCCAUGUGCGACAAGCUAGAGGAGGAGACGGAGUCCCGUAGGAAGAUGGCUGACAAGCUGAGCCACGAGCGCCACCAGAGCCAGAAGGAGAAGGAGUGCACACAGGAGCUCAUUGAAGACUUGCGUAAACAGCUGGAGCACCUACAGCUCUACAAACUGGAGGCCGAAGCGAAGAGAGGGCGCACACCUGGAGCAGGGCUGCAGGAAUAUCAGACCCGCACCCGCGAGGCCGAGCUGGAGCAAGAGAUCAAACGACUCAAACAGGACAACCGCACCCUGAAGGAGCAGAACGACGAGUUAAACGGCCAGAUCAUCAACCUGAGCAUCCAGGGAGCCAAGAACUUGAUGUCGGCCUCCUUCUCCGACUCUCUAGCUGCUGAGAUCAACAACGUGUCUCGUGUAGAGUUGAUGGAGGCCGUCCACAAACAGGAGGAGAUCAACUACAGGCUCCAGGACUACAUCGACAAGAUCAUCGUGGCCAUCAUGGAGUGCAACCCCUCCAUCCUAGAGGUCAAAUAGAUGCCAUGCAGCCAGAUAGCCAGCGCACAGUGACUCCUCAGGCUGUUAAAAAAUAUUGGAGACUUAAAAGAAAACUACCAAGAGAGGAUGUAAAAAAAUAUUCGGACAUCAUUUUGGUAGGAAAACAACAACAACAACAACAACAACAACAACAACAACAACAACACACUCAACUCAUCCAAAAAGGAUUUAAUUAAGAUUUCUAAGAAGUCCAUGGCUAUCAGUGAAAAAUAAGCAAUUUUCAGUUGGAUAUCCCUUUGAGUCUGUGCUUAUAUGUGAGUGUAUGUGUUCUAACCCUCCUGAGUACACUUGGGUCCUGGUGACCUCCAUGUAUUUGGCUAGAGGGACCCGAGUCUCCCCUGUCGACUGAGUGAAUGUGUAAAUGUGUGCAAGAGGGUCAGUAUCACAAAGAGUAGAAAAUCUUUCCCCAAAAAAACAAAAACAAAGUGUCAAUGUUUGAUUGAGUUAAAAAACAAGAAACAAUCAGACGAUUCUACAGUACCGAAAGGCCUUAAAUGAAAGGUGAUCCAAGUAUUCAUUGAUUAUGCAUGCCAUACAUGCCUCAGUUCAGUCUGUGAAGUGUUAACUGGGAUGAUGGUGGUAUGUGGGAUGUGAUCUCCUGAAUCAGGCUGAAUCGUGUUUUAAAUCACAAAGCCGUAUGAAGCGCUGGGCAGGAGAUCGGAGCGGCAGCUUCCUCUUUUGAAUUGAAUGUGUUUUAAAGUUUGCGGUGCUGCCUACCGGUCCCUAUAACCGUGUGUCCUGUCCUUUUAACCAAGUUCUUUCCAGCGAACCCAAGUGAGGGACGUUUCUAAGGGGUCGAGGAUGAGAAAUGCCCGGAGGGUUUUUGUGUGUGUGUGUGUGUGUGUGUGUGUGUGUGUGUGUGUGUGUGCGUGUGUGUGAGGUGUUUGACAUUUUUUUUUGCGCAGUGUUACUUAAAGGUUUUGAAAAAGCUUGGUGACACUUGCAAGUAAUAUAAGCUUCAAUGUCCCAAAUGAAGGAACUGGGUGGUUUAUGAUUUGCUUCAUCUCAUUUAUUGUUUUUUACAAUGAAACAGGGUCCCGGAGCUCAGGUGGGCUGGAAACCUCAAGUGGAAAAAAACACUACAUUUCCCAUCACUCCUUGGCACAAAUAUGAAAUAACUCAAACUGAUCUGGGUACUGUAACUGACAAAAUAUAACCUGCUCACACUGACACAUUCACUUUGUAAACUCUCCAGACACUUGAACUAAGCAUGAAGGGAAACGUGACGAGUGAUUCUGGGAAUUGUAGUGUAUUUUAUUUUAUUAUUUUUCUAAUAGUACAGCCCACCUGACCCCAGUGUUCUCUUGCUGAGUGAAAGUAAUGGGGAGCAAGCUUAUCCAGGUAACCAACCUUUUUUUUUGUCGCUGCACAAGUGAUUUAUUGUCGGUAAAAAUGCAUUUGACAAGUUGUAUGUGAAUAAUCAAAUGGUUGUACUUUGCACUAAGUUUUGAUUUCAUUAUUGUUUUGUUGAUAGAAAAAAAAAAUGUUUAUUGUGAAGGGAUCAAUUUAUAAAUGAUGAUAGUUUUGGUGAAGAAGAAAAACGCUAAUUUUAAUGUCAUAUCGAAUUGGAAUUAUUCAAGAAAACUACAUUUUGCAGCCAUGCUUUAAGAUGAGUUUAGUUACAUAUUGUAUUUUUUCAGCCAUCAGGAGUACAGAUGAGCUUUUUCUGCUGGCUGUUGGCCAGUUUGAUGGUUUUCCAGACCAGAUAUAUAUAUAUAUAUCACUGAAGAGACAUGGCGGACUUUGGUAGCAAUAAUGCUUUGAAAGAAAGUGGACAUUGGUGGAGGGCAGAUGAAACAAACCUGCUCUUUUAUUUCCUCUGCUGAAGCAACAUCUGCUUUCUCGAAGAUGUACGGACUGUUUUUGGACUGAUGCCGUUCUUAUCGGUACCUCGCAGCCAUCAUGUUUGGACUCAGAAACUGGACGUAAAAAACACCUGCCAGACGUCUUGACGGAUUUCUAGUUGCAGGGAAGGUUGUUUUUGUCCAAACAGCAUGGCGUUCUGCACCAAUAUGCUAAGGAAGAAUUCCUAUUUUUCACCCUGUUUCACCUCUACGUCACUGCUCUCCUUCACCUGCCACUCCAUGGGAAAAAAAAAUGGCCUUGGAUGUAAAUGACUUGUACAUGUAAAGUUUUUUCUACACUCAUUCUAGAUUCUAGGUAUUUUUAUAGUCCGAAGAAAAGAACAUUUCUUCUUCUCGUCUUAUGCUGAGAGACAGCUGCCUGUAUUCUUCUCUAGCAUGUAGCGUGUACAGUAUCUGUUUUCUUUUUUUUUUUUCUGUUUUGAAAUCACAUGCCGAUAUUUAUUCAUCAUUUGACACAAAACGACAACUCACAACUCUGUGAUCUGUUCUGCUGAAUAUAUAUAUCUUUGUACAUUUUUUUUUGAAUUCACAAGGGGGAGGGGAGAUUAAUUCUGGUGGGAGAAUUUAUUGAUUUUCGGGAGAAAUGUUUAAAGCAUUUGUCUUUGGGUGACUCGACCGUCGUGUGCGAAAGCUUGAAUGUGACCUGCUCGGUUUGUUGAGGUCGUGGCGCUCUUCCAUAAUGCUGACGUCGCUGUGACCUCCUCAGGGUUGUGAUGUUAGACAUAAUGGCAGAGUCUGCAGUUUCUACUGUUGUCUUCCCAGAUGGAGUCAGAUGGUCCUGCAUGGAAACACCGAUUUUUAUUAUAUAUAUCUCUGAUUCAGUCCUAUGUUUUGACUGAGAAAUCAUAUGCUAUAAUUUCCAUUAGUGGAGUUGUGAGACCUCACAAUGUCAACACGCGACACCUAAAACCUCAUACCACGGCUUUGCUGAGUUCAGCUUCCUGCCUUUUAGUGUGGCAGGAGGUUUGCCCCAACAGAUUUAAAACAGGAAAUGGGAUGACACUUGAACACAGCAGGCUAUACUUCACUUAAUUCUCUCCCUGCUUCAUAUUUUACUGAGUUUGACAGAUAGUUUGGGGACUACGGCAACAGAUGAACUAGACAUCGAGACCACAGAGCUGACUAAACAUUCCCUUUUAGCAGAGCUGAAGGUGACUGCACUUUAACCACCAAAUUACUCCAUUUUGCUUUUCAAAAUGACCAAAGACAGAUGUUUCAACUUUAAACUGAUAAUUUUAUCUUAUCAGGGUCUGUGAUCUUUUGGUAACUUGUUCUAAUAAAUCAACCGACUCCGAGCUCGCCCUGAAAGAAAAACAUAAAACUGGCCUGCUAGUCUAAACACUGUGCCUCUGUGUCUCAAACUUUGCCUCUUGACUAACCUGAUGAUGAGCCCUGGGGAAAGCACUGACCACGUGACUGUCAGUUUGUUAAAUUAUAACGAUGAAAAACCUAAACUGUAAAUAUGAAUUGUCAUUUUUGUGAACUUUUUCUCUCUCUCUCUCUCUCUCUCUCACGCUCACUUCCAGUGUCCAAAGAAAGUUUGCUCAAGGCACAAACAUCACUACUGGAGUAGUGCAUGGCUUGCCAUUACGUGACAUGGGAAGAUUAAAAAGAGAAUAUUGUAGAAAAGAGAAAUUGUAAAAGUUAAAUUUAUUCCUAUUUUCAAAGAUAAAUGUAUAAAUUAUAACAGUAUUGGUUACAGCUGUAUAUUAUUUUUGAAGAUUCCCCGAAUGAUCUAAUCCUAAUUGUUACUGGGGAAAUAUAAUUUCAGUCAUUGUAAAAAGAGAACAAUUUAAAGGUAAGCAGUGAAAGUAAGAUUAGAAAAAUAAAUGGAAUAAAAUGA